UUCCUGAAGGGUGCACAGCCGGCUGGCAGCUGGAGCCUGGAGGCGGGUGCCUGACUCUCUCUGUAGGACCUUCGGACCAGGAGAGCGCUUGGCUUUUAAAGAUGCCGGAGAUGGAAAAGGGCCCGCGGCUUCCAGGGAAGACGGCCUGAAACGGCAGCAUCCCGUUGCAUCAGGAGUCCCUGCCCAGCACUACCGACCGUGGCCAGGGUUUGAUCGGGGGCGCGGGAUAACGGAGCGGUUCUGACCUACAUGGACUGCAUCCAUGGGGCUGUGACCUCUGACUUCCUGUUGCAUUUGGCCAAAAGAUGCCCAGCCAGAGGUGGAGGGCAGAAGGAUAAAGAAAUUCUACAAAUCAGUGGAAGACCGACAACCAAACAGAAAACACGGGCAAAGGGCUUGAAGACCUGAAGGUUACAGCCACAAAGUCUGGAUCCUCUUCAGCUUUUGCUGCUGUUUGCCUGGGGAGAAUGGAGGUCCACAGACUGAUGGCGUAUCCAGGUGGCUGUACAUCUAGACGACCGGGGAGGGCUGAGCUGGUCCAGGCCCAAGCACUCUCGCACAUAACUCAGAAUCCUUCUGUAUCUGUUUCAUGAUUGCACUCCUGCCAUCCGGGCUCAAGUGUUCUAAAGCUGCUGCCUCCCCAAGCUGGACAAAUCACGAAGCCAUGGGGUCUGGGAGGACACCUCGCCAGAUGAAGAAUCUGAAGCUGAGGAGAUGAACUAGCUCCCCUAGAACCCAGCAAAGACCCCAGCAGAACCAAUUACAAACCUGGGUCUCCCUCACCGUAUCAAGCUGCUUCUCAAUGACUAAGAUCCUAUGUAUUUAUUUUUGAACAUUUUAAUCUUUAUUUUGAAGUCAGUUCAGACUUACAAAAAGGAUCAAGUUCUCCCAUCCCUGCAUGCUAACAUCCUCUGUUAAUUCUAGGAUGACAGUGGAAACCAAAUAGUUAACAUUUGUAUUCAUAAAAGAAAUGUUCACACAUUGAGGUAGGAGUUAGUCAUUCUGGCUUAUAUAUGAGUUGUGUUGAAUUUUAUGCUAAUUAAAAUAGCCUGUUUGUGGCUCAUCAGACAUACAUUGUAUAUCUGCUUUAAUCACUAAAGAAAAGGGCAGACUGUCCAGAAUUUUAUAAUGCCUGAAGAUAAGAGAUAAAUGCCUCCUUUCCUAGGAGGCCAAUGCUGAGACUCCUUGCUGAUAAGACUCCUCUCUCACGGACAUGGCUGAACUGACUCUGUAUACUUGCUGAUCCAGUUUUUUGAAACCCUGCAGGCAUGUAUCCCUGACUGGUUUGAUGUUCUUUGUUCUGAUAUGACAUAAAACUGCUGACAGCCAUGCUCCUUCCCAGAAGUUCCUCAGAGUCAUCUGAGGUGUUGUGUCUCUGGCUAUACGCCUCAGUUUGUCUCAAAUAAAGCCCUUUUCUAUCCCCAUUAUAGAUGGGUUAUUGGUUAUCCGUGUCAGCAGUUUUAUGCUAUUAGUCUACAGACUUUAUCCACAUUUCAUAAUUGUCCCACAAGCGUUCUUUGGAGCAAAAUGCCAUUCAGAAUCCCACUUCGAUGAGUGUUUUAAGCACAGGGACCUCUUAUGGGCUUAUGGGUGCUGGUGAUGGGGUUCAGGACAAGCUAUCCCCAAAUAUGGCACCUUGACCCAAAGACGGUCUUAAGCCAGAGGAGUCUGAGAAAAUGGCAGAAGCAGGAAGGUCACUCUGACCUCCUCCCAGUCCUUCCUUCCUGAAGCAGGAGAUAAAUGUCCCAAGUGAAACCAUCCCCUCCCUGCACGUGAGAACAGAGGUUGUCCCGGUAACUGGAGACGAACGCAGAGCCAAGGAGACUGCGUAAACUAACCUGUUACCCUUCACCACGGGGCGCCCUGAACUCAACCCCUUCAUCUUGGCUACUUCACAGUUUUACUGUGUCUACAAGUUACAAAAGCUCCCUGCUCUGGUCACUUCUCUGGGGCUUCGCUUUCUUGCAGAGGCUCCCAGGUACUCGUGAAAGCCCAGAAAGUUGGUAGCCUUUCUCCUGUUAAUCUGGCUUCUGUCAGUUUAAUUCUUAGGCCCAGACAGAAACCCAAAGAGUGGAGAGGAAAUUUCCCCUCCUGCACAGGUAACACCUAACCUCCGGGGGACAGCAGGAUUUAAUUUCUGAACAAGGCUCACAGCUCAUUGCUCCCUCACAGAAAGGCCAGGGUUACCUCACAAAGCUCUGCUGGGGUCACACCAAGAUGGUAAGGGCUAGCGCUGGGGCCUGCAGGCACAGUUGGAUCCAGCAGCAGAACUCUGUGGUCAGUGGAUGGCAGAGAACCAGUGCCAAAAGGGAAGCACAGGAAAUAGUGGAUUGCUGGCCUAGACAGCUGGAACCCACUAUAGGCAGCAGAACUAGAACCUGCAUUGACGAGGGUGGUGGGGAGAGCAAGUGAGCGGACGUGGCUGGCACCUUCCUACCUGGAAAGCCCCGUGGAGAGGAGACCACAGAGAUGGGAGCUGGACGCUGGGGGAACCCUCUGCUGCUGCUGGCGGCCCUGGCGCUGGUGCUGGGUCGGCAUCAACAGUGGCCUGGCUUCCAGGAUUCCGAGAGCCCAAAGAACGUGAACGCCACGCUCGCCUUCUUAUUGGAGAACUACAACAACAACAGCAACGACUCCUACCUAUUCGGCGUGGACAGGCUGCUCCGCAGCCAGGUGCAGCUGACGACGGGCGUGGAGUACCUGAUUACCGUGAAGCUUAGCCGGACCAAGUGCAAGAGGAAUAGCACGAAAAAGCGCUCGUGCCCCAUUCAGACCAAGAAGAAUCUGAAGAAGAGUUUCAUUUGUGACUUUUUGGUGUACACUCUACCCUGGAUGAACCAUUACCAGCUCUGGAAUAACUCAUGCCUGGAUGAGUAGAUGCGUGUGUGUGAAGAUCCUUGAUGGAACCUGG